AUGGUAAUAGAAUUAUCAAUCAAAAUGUCAGACUCUGAAGCUUGCAAUCUUGCUCGUGACGGUAGAGUGACGGAGUUAGUAAACAGAAUAAAUGAGGACUCUGGAUUAGUCAAAUUGAAGGACAGUUCGGGGCGUACUGUUUUGCAUUGGAGUUCCUGUGGUGGGCAUGUCGAUCUGGUCAAACGUCUGAUCCAGGGUGGAUGUCUACCGGACGAGCCUGAUUCAUCGGGUUGGACUCCUCUGAUGAUUGCCGUGUCUGCAGGUCGGGAGGACGUCGUCGCGUACCUCUUAGAUGCAGGUCUUUCUGUUGACGUUAACGUGGUCAACUCAACAGGUCAAAAUUGCCUCCAUUAUGCAGCCUCCAAGAAUCGGCUCUCGAUAGCGAGGCGUCUCCUAUUGGCAGGAAUACGGGCAGAUUUACGUGACUGGGGUGGAAACACACCCCUCCAUCGAGCUGCGUCUCGAGGUCACACGGAGAUGGUUAAGUUGCUGCUGGCUGGGGAUGUGCUUGCGGACGCAGGCAGGAGUAGAGACAUCAGCAAGUGCUCACCCAAUACGCCCAAUGAUGCUGGACAAACCCCACUACACAUUGCCUGCGAAGAAGGAAAUUCUGAAAUUAUGAAGAUCCUCCUUUCCGCUGGUGGAGAUCUCACAGCAAAGGACAAGGAUGGUCGCGCACCUGCAGACUUGGCGCCGGACAAUCUUCGGUUUUCUAUACAGAGAGACCUCAAAUUACGGUCUCCAUAA